UCUUGACCGAUCAGCUAGGAGUCCAGACGUGACGGUUAAUUGAAAACUCCUGCUGGGAAGGAGGAGGAGGAAGCGUGUCCAGCACGGGAGUCGUCUUGAGGGCAGUGGUGGACUCGUGUACCUCUUUCUGAUCCAGGUUUCCACAGCUGGAUUGUCUACUAGGUCAAAUUGUCACCAAUGGCAGUAAAACUCGUUUUCAGGGGGUCAAGAUGGCAGAACUGAGGCACAGAGAGAUCAAGUAACAAACACAAGUUCAUCCGGCUGGUCUGAUGGACUAAUUGGCUUUCGUUCAGCAGGAACCUAACAGAUAAGUCCUUCUGCUGUGUAUCAAGACCAUGCUUGGUUGAAAAACUUCUGAAAAUGAUCAAAGCCGUGUUGCAAUGUGACAUGGUCAGAGGAGGACAAACAGCUUGAGGAUUUCCUGUUCAUCACAUCACAGCUUGAAGGAAGCCCCUUUCCAUCAAGCGCAACUGCAUGGCCAGCAGUCCCCACUGAAGGGUUGACAAUGAGCGUCCCAGCAGCUCCCAAGAAAUCAUGUUUCAAUCAGUCGCGGGACAACAGAAAUGGUGCGAAAAACAAUAAUGAGAGCAUCCUAAGUCUGGGAGAUACAAAUGCCAAUCAAAUCAUGUUGGAGGUCAGCUCCUCUCAGGGUGAGCCCGAGACACAGGACCUGGUGGAUGAAAUUGGAAAUGCAAAUUCAAGGGGGCCAGAACACCACACCCACUUCCUUAAGGAACCUCACCAAUAUCAGGGCUUUGGGAAAGGACCUCAGGCUGCCUCCACCAGUUUGAAAGAUUUUAAACUUUCUCCGACCAUCCAGAGGGAGCUACCUGAAGAGCAUACGAUGGAGAGAAGCACAGAUUUCCUGCAGAACCCUCGGAGUGUGCAGGGACCAAGCCUGUCAAGUUGGAGGACUGUCGUGGGUGAGGCUAGUCUAGAGGUUCUGGCUAAAAGGGAUGUUGAAAUUCCCAGGCACGUUCCCAAGGAUAAGUUGGCAAAGACCCUGGACAAUGAGGAAUUGAAAAGGCAUUCUUUGGAAAGAGCUAGCAGCUCUGCAGCUGGGCUUGGGAGCUUGACUCUGCAGCAUCAGCAGCCUGCACAACUGGAUGCCCUUGAGCCCCGGGGUCAUGUGCCUGGGGGUGGAGAAGGGCCACAGAGGACAUGGACUGACCACUCUCCAGGGGCAGCUUUCCUUCCAGCUGAUAAUACCUCAGAGGGAAAGAGUGUGCGUCCUCCUAAACCAUCUACCUCAGAAGCCAAGGAGACCAGUCCCUCAGAGACCCUGACAGAGGGUGCACACAGACUGAAUGUUUGCCAUGAGCCCGCAUCACGUGCUGCCCAUGCAGACCCUACUCUGAAUUCGACUUUGUCAUUGAAGGAAACCUUGAGUUAUCCAGAAGCACAACUAGGUCAGGGGAGGGGGGAACCAAAGCUGGAACUGAAAUAUCUUCAAUCCAGGACCGGGCAGGAGCUAAAGUCGACCCAGGCAGGGGGUCUGGGAUGUCGCAAGGAAGAGAGUAUGUCACACCAAGACAGAAAGGAGUCACAUGGGGAAGCACACAAAGAAGCCAUGUUUGCAGUUAGCAACGCUUCAAAUGGCAGCCAGCACCAUCCUGCAGGGGGAGGAGGCAACAGCCAGGAGAAGGCAGGAGUCGGUGCCAGGGUGGAGGGGCUUCUCCAGAUCACCCCCAAACAGGGUCCUGCUUCCUUGGAGGUGGCUGGAAAUCUUCCCACUGGCAAAGUGUCACCGAGUAUAGGUAAGAAGUUGAAGGAAAUGACAUCCAGCAACUUUUUGCCCAGUGAUGGCCACGUAGCUUUUGUUCCUAAUGACCUGACGGACAGCAAGCCCUUGGAUGUCAGCGAGGAGACAAAGAGGAUGGGCAGUGGGAACAGGGAAAGGACCAUGGGGUUGGCCUCAGACCCUUCUCCCGGAGAGAGCAAAACGGAGUCCCGGAACCCUCAAAGCAGCUGCUUAGGAGCAGGGGGAAAAGAGACCACAGUACCCAUGGUGGAAAGUGAGAACCUUCCAGAAGAUGCAGCCAAGAGUGAAAUCACCCCAUCAAGAGCAGAGUCAAGUCUCAGUACCCCGGCUCCUCUCCACCCAGAGACAACUGUGAACACGACCCACCAGCCCACGCCACCCAGUAGCAGUUUUCAGGACCUUGGUGUGUUCAGUGUGAACGCAGGGUCACCCUCAGCAGUGCCACCCGCCACUGAUGGUGUGCGGCUGCUCAACACAUCCCCCAAAGUGCCUGAGAAGAACACCUGCCCCAGUGGGAUCCCUAAGCCUGUUGUCGCACCUUCCAAGGACACACCUGCCUCAGAGGAAGGAAUGGAGAAGCAUCAGGCUGAAAAAACAGAGGAAAGGACAGACGUGAAGCCCAUCAUCAUGCCCAAGCCCAAGCAUGUGAGGCCCAAGAUCAUCACCUACAUCCGGAGGAAUCCACAAGCCCUGGGCCAGGUGGACACUUCACUGGUCCCCGUGGGGCUUCCCUAUGCCCCACCAGCCUGUAGCAUGCCUCUUCCCCAGGAGGACAAGGUGGCAAGUGCAGACCUUAAGCCAUCAGCUAGUCUCUAUGAGAAAUUCAAGCCAGACUUGCAGAAGCCAAGGGUCUUCAGUUCUGGAUUGAUGGUGUCUGGCAUCAAGCCCCCAGGACAUCACUUCAGUCAAAUAAGUGAAAAGUUUUUGCAGGAGGUGACAGACCAUCCUGGAAAAGAAGAAUUUUGUUCUCCUCCCUACACUCACUACGAAGUCCCUCCGACUUUCUAUCGGUCAGCCAUGCUUCUGAAGCCCCAGUUGGGACUGGGUGCCAUGUCCCGCCUACCCUCUGCAAAGAGCAGGAUUCUGAUAGCGAGUCAGAGGUCUUCAGCAAGUGCCAUCCACCCACCGGGACCCAUAACAACAGCUGCCAGUCUCUACAGUUCUGAUCCUUCAGGUAACAGUCCAACAGUCGCUGCCUUUUCUUAAAAAAUGCGGUAACCU